AUGUCGUCCUUACACCAAAACGACUCCAAAAAGAUCGCACUUAUUGGAGCCGGCACUAUCGGGCUUUCAUUUGCAGCGCUCCAUCUUUCUGCUGCAGUUCUCCCACCUAGUCGAGUCAUUAUUUACGACCCCCGACCGGACCUGAGGCGGUAUAUCGAGGCCAACCUUCCUGAAUACCUCGCAACCCUGACUGGGAUAGAAAAGAAAGCAGAUAUAGGGUCUUCUUCCAAUGAGCCACAGUCACUCAGUGUUUCUUUUCUUUUUGAUGAAGGCCGAUUAGUUACCUCGUCUUCUCUUGAGGAAGCGGUGUCUCAAGCAGACAUUGUUCAAGAGCAGGGUCCGGAAAAAAUUAGCUUCAAGCAAUGGGUCUGGAGUGAAAUCGAAAUCUAUGCUCCAUCAAGCGCUCUCUUCUGGUCUAGUACUUCCGGAAUCCUAACCUCCGUGCAGUCCACAAAAAUGAAGGAUAAAAGUCGAUUGAUGAUUCUUCAUCCGUACAAUCCACCACAUGUUAUGCCUCUACUAGAAAUCGCAGUAUCAGCCGUUCAGCUCCCGCAGUAUACGGGCUUAGACAGCACGAUUGAGUACUGGGAAAAAUUGGGACGAAAGCCUGUAGUCUUGAAGGAAGAGGUAACCGGCUUUGUGGCAAACCGCCUUGCCUUUGCCUUGUUCAGAGAAGCAGCUUACCUUGUCGAAAGAGGUGUUGCCAGAGCCGAGGACAUUGAUUUUAUUGUUCAGCAGAGCUUAGGGCCUAGAUGGGCAGUCAAGGGACCAUUCUGGAACUAUCACGCCGGCGGAGGAGAACAGCUUGGAUUGGAAGGUUUUUUCGAUAAGAUUGGAGAUACCAUCCAAGCCUGUUGGGAUAGCCUAGGAGACUUAAACAUCAAAGUCAGUGGCGAUGAGGUCGGUAGCAUGACAGGCUGGCAAGAAAGGGUGUGUAAGCAGGUUAUAGAAGCUUAUGGGAAUCUUGGACCAAAAGAUCUAAGGGAGAGAGAUAAGAAGCUACAAGACGUAUUGAAUAUCACCAUGAAAUAG